UUAAAAAGAAUACUCUAUUUAAAGCAUAGUUUCUAAAAAGGAUUAAGGAAGUCUGAGGCGAUCGUGAAGAAAUGGAGAAGGCGGUGAGAGCGUAUGCGGAGGUUCUGAGAUUGGUGAGGCUCUUACCAAAGGACAGCAGGGCUUAUUAUGCCAAGUACGCCCGCGAGAACUUCGUCAAUUACCGUGAUGUCGUUGAUCCUUCUGAUUUCGAUGACCUCUUUCAACGCACCUAUACUCAUUCUCUAUGGGUCCUUCAUAAGUAUUCCAUUGAUAAAUCUGCUGCGGAUAAGCUCAGAGGGAUAUGCUGCACUUGAUGCAAUUUCAAUUGCCACCCAAGUGUUUGUUCUUAUUUCUCACUCAUUCACACCCUUCCUUGCAUGCUUGAGAUGUAUCUAUCUGCUUCAAAAUUAAAUUGUUUUCAUUAUCACUUGAACAUGUACAACAAAACUACAUACUCCUUUUUUAUGUAUCAGUAUCUUUGAGGAUGAUAAUUGCACAUCGUUGAAUUGGUUUCCCCAUUGCA